CACAGAAGUUCAUCUGCUCGUAACCAACAAAGCUGCGGAGGGAGAAAGCGCAGCUGUAAAGAUGCAGAAGACUUCCAGGCCCUCCAUGAUGGGAUUUGGAAUGGGAUUUGGAAUGGGAUAUGGAAUGGGCACUGCUCCAUUCUUCAAGAUGGUCGUGUUUGAGCAGGAGCACUUCCAGGGCAAGUGCCAGGAGUUCACCAACGAGUGCUGCAACAUCCAGGACUGCGGCUUUGACAACAUCCGCUCCGUCAGGGUGGAGUGCGGCGCCUGGGUGGGCUUCGAGCACCACGACUUCCAGGGCCAGCAGUUUGUGCUGGAGAGAGGCGAGUACCCUCACUGGGAUGCCUACAGCGGAAGCUUGGCCUACCAUGUGGAGAGGAUGAUGUCCUUCCGCCCCAUCUAUUGUGCUUCUCACCAGUGCAGCCGCAUGAUCAUCUUCGAGAAGGAGAACUUCAUGGGCCGCAGUGCCGAGGUGUGCGAUGACUACCCCUCCCUGCAGGCUAUGGGCUGGUGCAGCAACGAAGUGGGAUCCAUGCAUGUGCAGUGUGGAGCUUUUGUGUGCUACCAGUACCCUGGCUACAGGGGCCAGCAGUACAUCAUGGAGUGCGAGAGGCAUAGCGGUGACUACCAGCACUGGAGGAACUGGGGCUCCCACAGCCAGACCCCCCAGAUCCAGUCCAUCCGCAGGAUCCAGCACUGAAAGGGAGCAGACGAUACAAGCCCACUGAUACCAGCCCACCGAUAUUAGCGACCUGACAGCCACACCGACACACGUUACUGAAACACACACACACAUACACACACUGAUGUGUUGACUCUGCAGUGCUAUAGACACACCGAGACUGGCAGUCCGACGGAGACUGACACACAGCGAGGCACUGAGACACACUGAGGAACUGCAGGGAGACUGACACACGCUGAGACUUUGGGACUGUCCACACACACACACACACACACACACACGAGAACUCUGUAAUUCCUUAACCCAACAAUCCGGUCCAGCAUAUUAGUAUUAGUCAGUGAUGUCCACCUGGCCGUUGCCGAGGGUGAGCCGUACUGUGUAGAGGCACUGCAGCGAAUUGGGAGACAGGUGUCCAUGUCCAUGUCACGAAACUCAAGAGGAGCUGUGAAGACUGAGCUCCCCCGAUGCCUGUCACCCCUGUGUUGGCUAAUGCUAUUUAAUG